AUGCAGAAUACCGUCUCACUGACAGGUCCACGCAAUGGUAACUAUCCACGAACGUUCAUCACAUUGCUGUUCGGAGCCCUCCUAGGCUUCAUGUUUGCCACGAUCACCACCUCCUCGAACGGACGACAACCGUGGAUUCCUGAUUACUCUCGUCAACGUGAACCACCAUCGAUCGUGAGUGAUCCACACACGGGAAAUGAUCUGCGAGAAGCCUCCGGACCGGAACAGGACGUUGGUCAACAUGCGGCUCAUGAGGAAGUGCAUGCUCACGAGAACGCAUCGCUCGCACAUCAACUUCAGCGGGACGUGCGUAUUCUGUGCUGGGUGAUGACCAAUCCGAGCAAUCACAAGAAGAAGGCAUUACAUGUGAAACGAACGUGGGCUGGCCGCUGCAACAAAGUACUUUUUAUGAGCUCUGUCGAAGAUCCGCUGAUAGACUCGGUUGCGUUGCCGGUAAGCGAGGGUCGUAACAAUUUGUGGGCUAAGACGAAAGAGGCGUUCAAGUACAUUUAUCAGCAUCACUUGGAUGACGCCGAUUGGUUCCUUAAGGCCGACGACGACACAUACGUGAUCGUGGAGAAUCUCCGUUACAUGUUGUACUCUUAUUCACCGAGUCAUCCCAUUUACUUCGGAUGCCGGUUUAAACCCUAUGUAAAGCAAGGCUACAUGUCUGGCGGUGCCGGAUACGUGCUCAGCAAGGAAGCGGUGAAACGUUUUGUGGAGGAUGCAAUACCGAAUCCGAUAUGUCGUCAGGACAGCGAUGGUGCCGAGGAUGUGGAAAUGGGAAAGUGUAUGGAAGCGGUCCAAGUAUUGGCUGGCGAUUCGAGGGAUUCACUUGGACGCGGUAGAUUUUUCCCGUUUGUGCCAGAGCACCAUCUCAUACCGAAUCAUGUGGAUAAGGACUUUUGGUACCUUCAGUAUGUUUAUUACAAACCAGACGAGGGGCUGGACUGUUGCUCGGACAAUGCUAUCUCGUUCCACUACGUGUCGCCCAAUCAAAUGUACGUGCUUGAUUACCUGAUCUAUCAUCUGCGACCAUACGGCAUAGUUGGUCACUCGCAACCCCUACCAAAGAAGCUCAAUCUGGGCGAUGUUGUGCGGGUCGAUGAUCUAAACAUCACCACCAAAAUAACCUUCCAGCAGAAUGUUACGGACACGGAGAACAAUGUUAAAUAA